AUGGAUCCAGUCUCCGACUCAGAUGGCGAGAAUUCGCUUCCUUUGUUGUCGGUAGACGCCAUCGACACGAGCCUGCUACGGCGGGUGUUUGGGUUCUUGUCCAGUGAGACCAAACAACGCUUGAGAGGAGAAGCUGGCGGGACGCCUUUUGAGGAGGUUUACGAUUCGCUUUGCCAGUAUCCUCCGUCGCUGCCUGAACGGAUUGUGGUUCAGAGUUCGUCGCCUCAGAAGGAGCAGGAACAGGAACAUCUGAUCAUGGAGCUUCCUGCGUUACCUACGGUUCAUGAGCAGCAUCAAGAGAGCUCUGCUGGCAUACUAAACAGCCCUGGUGCUUAUGGAGGGCAAAGAUCGCUACGAAAAAGGACGUUUGCAAGUCGUCAUCCGUAUAUUGCCGACCAGGCUGACUACUUGGGCAUUUGCACUAUAGACAGCAUCAACGAGAUGUUUUCCGACCAUGAUGACUUGGUUAGCGUGGCCAGGGUGCUCAACCAGCUAUAUCUCAAGAGAAAGAAACGGUACCCAGACGAAGAACGGUAUAAGGCUCGGAAUUUCUAUGCUCACCUUGGUAAAUCCAAAGCCAUGGCUCUCGCAGGCGAUCCAGAUGCUGAAACCAUGGAUAUUCAAGACGAUCCUCUGUCUUCACAGCUUAAUUACGUUCCUGAAAAUAAUUCAGACGACGAGGAACAAGACCUUAUUCCUUACGAAGGUCUGGAACAGCAUAGAGCUCCACCAAAGGUAUACGACCUGGCGAGCAACACCGAGGAGGAGUAUGAAAGUGGAGAUGAAGACUACAGCAUUCAAGAGACGUUUAAACGGCCAUUGGAAGACGCAACUUCUAAUUUGAAGGUCUACAGACUGAGAAAGAAAGCAAAGCGCCAGGAACAGCCCAGGAAGGGUCUUGCUGUACGCAAAAUGGGUUCUUCUGCCUCGAAAAGGAACCUUGCACAAGAGUUCGAACAGUUUGUGGACCUUGGUGAAACAGCAGAGGAAUACACUCCUAACUACCCUUCAUACUUCCAGCCUCAGAUCACAUCGUUUCAGCUGGAUUUAUCUGAAAUGAUACGCUCUGAAAGUUCAUCUGACUAUAAUAGCGACUCUGAUACCGACCUUUUCUCAGAUUCUGGCAUCGCUGAUACAACCAAAAGCUCAGAUGUCAUUGAACCACCACAAACCUAUCUCGAUGAUUACGCUCUAGAUGGAGCUGCCGAAGAGGCCGACCAUAUUAAUCACUUAUUUGCAUCUGGUAAAAGGGCCAAGUCCCGGAAGACCAAACCUACACAAUCACGGCAUAAUAUUCAAGCACCUCGACAACGUAAAGCCACUAACGCUGGUAGCCUGUCACAUCCUCGUCAACGAAAGUCAGCAUCAACUGGAAUUACAAGACCUCGUACUGCUCGUCCACGAGGCUCGAGCUAUGGAAGGCUCAACACGAGAAAACUUUCCAAGCCUCUUACACAGACCAACCGAACUAAUUCGCUGAGGCCAUCAAAGCAAUAUUCUAAGCAAGGCGAGCUGGCAACUAGAAAGAAUCAAAAGCAAAGCGUCUUAAGCGUGGAUGUCGAUUCAGAAUCAGACAAGGAAAACAAUAAAGAGAACGGCAAAACGAAGCCAAAACAGAAGCAGAGUACUUUCAGGAACAAGAACUUCUUGGCUACCACAACAUUUCAAGUGGAAAGCUCUACAAGAUUUGUCAAAGAACAUCCUGCUGGCUUUGCAAUUUCACCAGCAUUCUUCAAUCCUUCGAAAGCUAGCCUUUUCUCAGAUAACCUUUCUGCAUCAUCGACGUCAAUCUUAGCCUAUUCUGAAGUGAAACGUAUCCAUUCUAUUGGUGAUGGAUUCAUAUUCUUUCCACACCAGGACACAGUAUCGUUCAUGUUACUUGGAAAAAGCUAUGUGUUUGGACUUUUCCAGCAAGAGCUGUCUUCAAGCAACUUGCUUCGCCUUCUCUCGCACUUACGGAAACUCAUGAGCCUGGUCAGAGUUCAACUUGAAAGAAGUAUUCGCGAUGAAAUCAAAGAAGCCAUACGGGGAUUGAUCAAAUGGUUGUUGAUUCUUCGCCAACCGAUUCCAAAGCAAUCGUGGCAUAUGUUGAACCUGAUUCUUGAUGAUUUCACUAAGCUUCAGACGAAAGAAGUACGGAAGCAUCAGACUUAUUUCUACGCUCAAAUGCUUCUCACUUACUACGUUGGUUACAAGCUAGAAGCUAGUAUUCCAAAUACGAGUCAUGGGCAUCUUUAUUCUGAGCUUGAGAAGUUCUCCACAGAUUUCUGGUCGAUUUUGUUCCGAACAUACGACUCAACAGAUCUAGCUGCAACCUUCACCAGUGAAAGCCCCAAUGAAUUAUCGGAAUGUCUUUCCACGAUGUACUUCAUAUUCAGCAACCAUAAAGACAUCUGGUGGCCUACGGUGGUUGAAGCUUUGCAGGAUUUGAACCCGAUCAUGGAUUCCAGCUUUGAAACAAUGAACACCACAUAUGCAUUAGCCUCAAUGUGUCCCAUGAAUAGGUACAAUUGGGCUCCAUUCAUUACUAUACUCAACAGUUUCCAGUCCUCAUCGAGCGCUGAAGACCACCAUAAUUUCAUCGAUGUUUGCGAGCUAGCACACAAGAAUCUCAACUGGCCUUUAGAUGAGAAAUUGGUUCUUACGUUGUAUUCGUCUUUUGCGAAAAGAAAGUUCACCAAUUUUGAUAACGAGACAUCUGUGCCUACUUCCAUAGGAGUGACAAUGUCGAGACAUGACAUUCCUGAUGAUACAGUGUUUGAAAGGUUCUUGGGUUUUGUUCAUUCCUACAUUUCUGAAUUAACUGAAAGGAAAGAAGUUAAGCGGUUGGUUACUAAACUCGUGGCAUCAAGUCAGUACCAUUAUCAAAAGGGAAGAAAGUAUCAGAUCAUGUUCAUCAAUAGGCUCAAUUUGAUCUUGCUUUUAUUUCAGAUCUCAGAUGUUGAAUUGAGAAGUCCGUUUUCAAGCCUUAUCGACCAGAUCAUCAAGUUCAAGGAUAUGUUUAUUUAUUCGAGAGCUGUCGAUGCUUUCAACACAUUCGUUGAAGUUUCCGAAAGAAAAAAUCUUGAAAUACCCAUAGCUGCGUUUCAGGCCAUGUUACAUUCCUUCUGCGCUUCAUACGAUAGACUCCAAGGAAUGCCCUCACUUCUUGCAAAGUUAAUCGAUUGUGGUCUACGGGUAAUUGACAUAUCGAAGACUCCCCAGUCUUUAAGGUUCUUUAAAGCUAUUGAUCUUGCUGCUAUACCAGAUCGCUUACGUGGCCGUGUCUUGGAUCUGUUUCUUUCGUUUGCAGAGCUUUUAAGGGUUCAUAAAGAGUAUGCAUUGGCAUCAUCCGAUCUUAUAGACUCACUUACGAAAUCUGUGGUUUCUUUCUUAAGUACACAGAUGAACAGGCUACCUGUUUUGGAUGCCAGACAGGAUGCUUUAUUGGAAAAUCUUAUAGAGAAGGCCAUUCAAAUAUGGAUUCAGUUUGCUAAUGCCAAUGGAUCCCAAAAUUGGAACUUCAUGAUGUUACAAAAGUUCUCUUAUCUCGGGAACAAGGCCCUGCGUGAUCGAUUUGCAUUAUAUUUCUGUUGGGUUUACUUGAACCAAGGUGAAGUAUCACAUUCGGCGAUCUUUGAAAUGGAUAAGCUUCUUUGCAGAGCUCUCAUUUCAAGCAACUUGUCCAAAUACAGUUCCUUGUUGUUCCAAUCGUUGAAUAAAGUACGUGGAUCGCUCAUGUCUUGUCGAAAGAUUCCUGCUCAAUCGCUGGUCCUGGCUCAGGCUCACAAGUUCCAGAUUUUAACUAGCGUCAUACAAAAAGUUUCAGUUACUAGUUCGAUGGUUCCAAGCGAAAAGACGUUGAUGAUAGCAGAUAUGGUUAAGGAGCUCGAGAUUGAGUUCAACACCAACUACGACAAUCCCCACAUCACAGAGUUUCUUAGGCGCAUGAUCAACGUUAUGACUACGAGCUGUUUAUCGCUUCUAGAGGACGUCGAGGAGUUCUGGAGUAUUUCUGAAAAGCUUGGUUUCCCAAGUAAAAGAAUGCAAUCGUUGUGGGCCGAGGCUACAAAUGAAGAGCGUAUACUGUUGCUCAAUAUUGAGUUCGUGAAUGCCCUUAAAUUCGAGAAAGACUAUGCUGAAACAUUCAACAAAUGGAUCAAUCCUAAGAACGCCCACAUCCUCUUUGCAUUACUAGAGAUAUACAUGGUGGCCGCUUCCAGGCACGAUCUCUACUGGGCUCAUGUGUCUUUCAUUAUCAGAUACAUCGAGUUUCGACUCACACAGUGCACGAUUGAUGUCGUCGACAGGCAGUACGCUAAGCUCUUGAACGUCAUUCGAUGCAUCCCAGCGGCAACCUUCGUGUCGGAAAAUAGCACCUACGUUAUGUAUCAGAUAGAGGCUCUUUCCAAAGCAACUGAAAUCAUGAUAGCCGCUGGUUAUAUCUACGAUGGGUACAGCGAACUUGAUGACCACCUUUUCUUUCGUGUUGAUAUGAUCCAUCACGAAAUGGCCGAGCCAAAAGCAGAACAAGCUUCCGAAGUUUUCACUGAUAUCCAACUCAAUCAAUUGAAAGGCAGCGAUGCUGGUCCGUACCUACCACCGUUCGAGCAUUCAGACGAGGAGUACUCCCAGGCGAUAGAAGCUCUCCUGGUAGUGUUAAAUGAAGCAAGACUACUAGUUCCGAAGAAGAUGGGAACUGAUCCAGAUGAUCCUCCUCUUGUUCCCGGCACGAAUCCGGGCGACCAGCUCUUCCAUGUCUUCAACACAGCUACAGAAGACGUUGACCUCACGUUUUAG